GUGAAUAUGAAACUCCGAUCACAUCAUAUUUUGGGAAAGAUUUAAAUUUAGAGCAAAGUGCUAGUUUAAAACGAAAACGCCAUUAAUGAGAAUUAUUAAUGUUCGACCCCAUCCUUGAGGUGUUUGUCAUUUACAACAUUCCAAGUGAUCAUCUCAUAUGUUUCUUGUAUAAAUAAAUACUAAGCCAAGAUCGAAUACUACUAAUUAACUAACAUCCACCCAAAUUAUCAAUAAAAAUGGAUCCAACUAGUUCCUCUAAAACCCUUCUUCAUUCCAUUAAGCCCAUGCCAUUUGUAAUUCUCAACCGUAUUUUUGCAGUGAUUUACACAAUUGCUCUUCUAUGUUUAUUCUAUCACCAUGUAACACAACUAUCCAAAAGUACCACAUCCUCUAGUUUCCUGGUAUCAAUCUCCAUGUUCAUAGCUGAUCUUCUCCUAGGAUUCAUGUGGAUUACUUGUCAGGCCUUCCGAUUACGCCCCGUGACUCGACAAGUCUUCCCGGAAAACCUAGAAAAGAUCAUCAAAACAUCUGAUGACGGAUCAGUUGCGGAAGAUUUUCCGGCAGCUUUGGACAUAUUUAUAUGCACUGCUGAUCCGGAGAAAGAACCACCAAUCAACGUCGUUAAUACGGCUUUAUCGAUGUUGGCUUAUGAUUAUCCCCCGGAAAAGCUCUCUGUUUAUGUCUCCGAUGAUGGAGGAUCGGAGUUGACUCUGUUUGCUUUCAUGCGAGCUGCUAAAUUUGGAGCUCACUGGUUGGCUUUUUGCAGGGAGAACAAAGUCAUGGACAGGUGCCCAGAUGUGUUUUUCAGGUCAAACAAUUAUCAUCCAAUCAAAUCUGAUCAAUCCCAAAAAAUCAAGAUUAUGUAUGAUAACAUGAGAAAUAGGAUACAAAAUGCAACGAAGAGCACAAAGGUUGAAGAAUAUAUUAACGAGUCCGAGCAUGAAGCCUUUAGUAAAUGGACUGAUGACUUCACUCGUGAAAAUCAUCCGGCAGUGAUUCAGGUUUUGCUGGAGAGCAACAAGGAUAAAGAUGUAACAGGCCAUCCAAUGCCAAAUCUUGUUUACGUUUCUAGAGAAAAAAGGAGAACUUCUCCACAUCAUUUCAAAGCCGGAGCCCUAAAUACCCUGAUUCGGGUGUCAGCAAUAAUGACCAACGCGCCCAUAAUCUUAACCCAAGAUUGUGACAUGUUUUCAAACGAUCCAAGAACACCUUAUAAUGUACAAUGUUAUUUCAUGGACACUUCAAUUCAACCAACAUUAGCCUACAUACAAUUUCCUCAAUGUUUUCAUGGCUUGAACAAGAACGAUAUCUAUUCAUCUGAGAUGAAACGUUGGUUUAUUAUGAACCCAAGAGGCAUGGAUGGAGUAUUGGGCCCAGAUAACAUGGGAUCGGGAUCCUUUUUCAUGCGUAGGGCUUUCUUUGGCGGGCCUUCAUCAUCUUCAUUUAUAGAUCCAAGAAUGCCACAGUUGAGUCCUUUAUAUCAUAAUGUCAGCAAGUCUACAUCAAUUAGGUCAGAAAAUAUUUUAGAAUUGGCAGAUAUUGUUGCAGGUUGCGACUUUGAGAAACAGACCAAAUGGGGUUCUGAGGUUGGAUUUAGAUAUGGAUCUUUAGUGGAAGACUAUUUUACGGGCUAUCGUCUUCAUUCUUUGGGCUGGAAAUCAAUAUUUUGCAAUCCGCAGAGACCGGCAUUUUUGGGCGAUGUACCCAAUUCCCUUUUCGAUGUGGUGAACCAACAUAAGCGAUGGUGUGUUGGACUCCUUGAGGUGCUAUUCUCAAAGUUUAGUCCACUCACUUUUGGUAUGCAAACUUUGGGUCCAAUUGAAAGUCUUUGUUAUGCAAGUUAUGCUUUUUCCCCAAUGUGGUCGUUUCCAAUCACCCUAUACUCCUUCAUCCCACAAUUAGCUCUUCUCAACAACCAUUGGAUCUUUCCCAAGGUUUCUUCUAUUUGGUUCUUAGUGUAUGUGUUCCUUUUUCUUGGAUCAUACAUACAAGACUCCCUAGAAUUUAUGUUAGCUCAAGGGACAUUUGCAAGGUGGUGGAAUGAGCAAAGAAUCUGGAGCAUAAGAGGGUUCACAAGUUACUUAUUUGGAAGCCUUGAAUAUCUGCUAAAAAUCCUAAACUUUUCUACUCAUGGAUUUAAUGUCACUAACAAAGUCGUUGAUGAUGAACAAAGCAAGAGAUACCAUCAAGGGAUAUUCGACUUCGGACCGCCCUCCUCCUUCUCAUCAUUCAUGAUGUUUUUGCCAUUAGCAACAGCAGCAGUUGUCAAUUUCGUAGCAUUCUUUGGUAGUUUGAUGCAGAUUUUCAAAGGAUCAUUAUCGGGGGAUAUUAAUUUUAAUGUUGAUGGUGGUUUUUUGCAACUGUUCUUGUGUGGUUUUGGUGUGUUGAAUUGUUUGCCUGUCUAUGAAGCUAUGGUAAUGAGAAACGAUAAAGGAAGGAUGCCAUUACUAACCACCAUUUGCUCAAUUUGUUUAGCAUGGGGUCUUUGUUUAGCAACAUAAUUUGUACUAGAUUUUUAGAGGCCAUUUACUUGUUGACCAUAGUUUUCUAUUUUGGGAUGAUAAUAGAGCUAGCAAUUAGUUGCUUUUUGUAAUGAAUUCUUACGUCAAGCUUUUUAGUAAACAUGUGUGGUUUUUAGUUCUUGGAUUAUUUUUUACUAAUUGACAUGUGUGGGUCCUGAUAGUAUUUCUCUAUCUUUCUUUUUUUAUAAUUAUUACUAGUGAUGUCUGGUCGU